AUGCAGAGCAUGCAGAGACGUUUUGGUCGAUUGACCACAGCCAAGUCUGCAGACAACAGCCAGGUGGCUGUCCUUUUAAAAGAUUUUGAAGAUGCCGAUAACCUAUUUACCAAGAUUAUCGAAUCGACCAAGGCCUGGCGCGAUGCGUGGGUUUCCAUUGCGACCUUCCAGAGUCGCAUGGCUGAUGAAUUUGACGGUCUAUAUGCGCCCAUCGUCGGUUCAUCCGAGACAGAAACGCGCCAUGUCCCUGAGGAAACUCCCCCUGCGCUCCUCUCACGAACGAACAACCUGCGACGCGAAUAUGAUGAAUUGCGCGUCGAUCUUGUGCAGGAACUCAAUGUCGUCGAGCAGCGCAUGUCCCAGCCUGCGGAACAGGCAAAGAGCUACCUAGCUCCGAUGAAGAAGACGAUCAAGAAGCGAAAUGAUAAAAAGUCGGAUUAUGAGCGUUUUCAAAGCAAAGUCGAUAGCCUCAUCCAUAAACCAAAGCGCUCUGAUCGCGAAAAUGCCACUCUCGCCAAGGCAGAAGCAGAUCUAUCGACGGCGAAAGAGGUCUACCAACACGCAGACCAAGACCUGCUCCAGCGCCUACCCACUCUCAUCUCACUCCUCUUCUCCUUGGCCCCAUUCAUACUCCGCGCCCAAGUUGAGAUUCAGAACCGCAUGUUAGCGCACUACUACACUGCGUUGUCCGGCUACUGCGAAGAUGAAGGCUUCCCCAACCCCCCACCCCCAAUGGACCAACUCGUGCAAGACUGGGAAUGCGCCCACAGACCCGCCCAAGACGACGUCGAGAGUCUAAGCUGCCUCUCCCACGGCAAAGCCCUCCGCAUGUCCCAGGCCCACGAAUCGCAAAACAAGCGCCCUUCUAUCGGCGGCCGAAGCAUCAGCACCAUGUCCUCGGUUUCAUCCAUCCGCAGCGGCAGCAGCAGCGUGCCCCGGUACAACGUGCCACCCUCAAUGCUUGUACCCCCCUGCGCAGCAGAUAUGCGAUCUCCAUCCCCGAGCUCCUCGAUGAUGACGCCGCCUAUCUCAGUCGGAAGCUCGUCGAGUACCCCGCCGCUCCCAUCGGGUGGAGACUCGUACAUGCCUCCUCCCUUAGUCGCUACAGCACCAAGUCCAUUCAUCCAGCCUGCCGCUCCCCCAACGGGCGUUUCAUUCUCGCCUGCAGGCCCGAACAUCGACCACUUCCAAUUGCACCGCCAGGCCUCCUCAAACACCACAGCCAGCGCAGGGACAGAGCCCUUCGCCAUGGCGGCGCUGAAAAAGAAGAAGCCCCCACCACCACCCCGGCCGAUAAACUAUGUGACGGCGCUAUACGACUUUGACGGGCAGGGAGCUGGGGAUCUGGUCUUCCGAGAGGGCGAUCGAAUUCGCGUGAUACAGAAGACAAACAGCACGGAUGACUGGUGGGAAGGCGAGUUGCGCGGUAUGCAGGGAGCGUUUCCGGCAAAUUAUGUCGAGUGA